AUGACAAAAAGAAAAAAGUGCUAUGUGCUAAACUGCCCUGACCAGCACAGCAAAAGGCAUCGUUUGCCUCAUCCCGAGUCCAAUCCUUCCUUAUUUGAUAUUUGGGUAAUGAAUAUUCGUCAUCCCUUGUUUAAGAAUAAAACCAGACGACAAAUUUAUGAGUACUAUACGAUAUGUGACAGACAUUUUGAGAAUAAAUUCAAAGUGCCUGGUAGUCGUCGAGGUCUGUUGUUUGAAGCGAUUCCAACGUUGUUCCUCUCAGAUUUAGACGGUGCUGAUCAUUUUGAACGUGUAGAUUUACGAUAUCCUUCAGCUACCGAAGAUUUACGUUUAAAAAUCGAAUAUGAAAAUCAAAGUGAUAUGGUUAUUGAACCUAAUGCUCUGGAUUCAUACGAAGAACAAGAUUUGAGUAGAGAAUCAUCAGAAAUAUCUACAUCUGAUUCAACUAUUGGAAAAUCAAAAUGUGUGAUAGCUCAAGAAAGUAAUAUCCAAAACGAAAAUGUACCUGGUCAUUUCAAUAAAAAUCUACCUCUUUUCAGUUGUGAUGAAAUAUCUUCUCAUAAUACCAGGGAAAAACGAAUAUGGGUGACAUACAAGGCAGGAGUUUAUGAUAUUACGGAUUUCAUAGAAGGACAUCCCGGUGGAGAUCAAAUUUUAAUGGCAGCCGGUAGUUCAGUUGAACCAUUCUGGAUGCUUUAUGGCGUCCACGAAAAUCCUCAUGUUUAUGCAAUUUUAGAAAAUUACAGGAUAGGUAACUUAAUAAAGGAAGAAAUCACAAAUUUAACUGCAGAUAUGUCUGAUCCGUAUUCAAUUGAUCCAAAAAGACAUGUCGCAUUGAAACCAGCUAGUAUUAAACCUUAUAAUGCUGAAUUACCGCCAGAAUUAUUAGUCGAAAGCUUUAUUACCCCUAACGAAUUAUUUUAUGUAAGAAAUCACUUACCCGUACCAGAUGUCGAUCCAAACACUUACGAAUUAGAAAUUGAAAUCGAAGGUAAAAAUAAUGUGGUUUUUACAUUGGAUCAAUUGAAACGAUUGCCGAAAAAAAACCAUCACAGCCACGAUAAUGUGUGCGGGCAACAGAAGAAGCGAAAUGACUAA